CCUUGGCUUGCAUUCAUAGUUCCUAAGCAUUUCACGAGAUAAAUUGAAGUCAUUUGGCCACCAUUCUUCAUCUGGGUUUUCCUCGAUUGAGUUCUUCGUUCCCCAUCUUGUUUUGGGGUUCUAACACACUCCUGAGUUUUUGAGUUUCCAUUGUCUGAACUUGAAAAACAAAAUCUUGAGAAGAAAAAUAACCAUUUCUGUAAAUGGGUUACAGAUUUAUCUCAUUGUUUGCGUGAAAUCUCAUAGAUUUUCAAAUUCAGUAAUCGAUUCGCUAUAAUCUGUUUUUCAGCUUUUUUUCUUUCUGGCAUCAAUCUGUAGUCUCCAAGUCAAAGUAAUAUUCCGUUUAUUGUAAACUAAGCAAAGAAUCUCAAACUUUGAGGAAUGUUUUUUUUCAUGGGUAAUCUGAUUCAUGGUUCAUAGUUCUGUGCAGUGUCUGGAUAAAGCCAUUCAAGAGACAAAUCUUCGGAAAUGGGAUGUUCUGAGUCGAAGUUGGACCAAGAGGAGGCGGUUCGGAUCUGCAAAGACCGUAAACGUUUCAUCAAACAAGCUCUGGAGCAAAGAACUGAGUUCGCUUCAUGUCACAUUGCCUACAUCCAAUCUCUGAAACAUGUCUCAGAUGCUCUCCGUGACUACAUCCAAGUAGACGAUCCUCUCGGAUCCUCGUUGGAUUCGUUCAUGACGAUCUCGCCUUCGAGAAUUAUGCCUCGGAAACUGAUUCAAGACGAGCCAGGAUCGGCAAUGAAGGUGAAUUGCUUGGUGGCGAGUGGAAGCAGAGUGGUUACUGUCGAAGAAAUGCCUCCUGUAUUACCAGAGACGACGUUUCGGGUUGAAGCCUAUUCCCCAAGCCACCAUUACGGUGGCGUGGAUCGGUUUUUCCAGUAUCCGUCGUCGUCGUCUUGGAACCCGAUGACGAAUUCUCCCGAGCCUUUGCCUCAUAGCUCGAAAUGGGAUUUCUUCUGGAACCCGUUUUCGUCGUUGGAUUAUUACGGAUACCCUUAUGGACAAAGUGAUCAGAUAGAUCGGGUGGACUACGAUAUCAAAGGGGUGAGUCAGGUUCGGGACGAAGAAGGCAUUCCCGAGAUAGAAAAAGAUGAUCAUAACAUGAAAGCGAAAGAAGAAAGGGAUAAAACGGAUAGAGGUUGUUGUACCGAAGAAGUUACGGUUGAAGAUAUCGAGGAGGAGAAGGAGGGAGAGGGCGAGGAAUAUGCGGACGGUGGGUGUGAAACCACGAAUGAUAACGACAAAUGCACGGGAACCCGAGAACAGCGAAGCGUUGAGGUGUCGAGCAUGGAAACUACAGGGCAAGUAGCCGGAAUCGGUAGCCGAGAAGUGAAGAAAGUCGGUGAUGGAGAUGACCCGAACUCCGAAACGCCCGGAUACACGGUGUACGUGAACCGAAGGCCGAUGAGAAUUGCGGAAGUAAUUGAAGAUCUUGAAGAUCAGUUUAGUACCGUUUGUAAUGCCGCCGAGGAUGUCUCGAGCUUACUGGAAGCGAGUCGAGCUCAAUACUCUUCGUCAUCGCCAUCCACCGGUGAACUCACUGCCAUGAAAAUGCUGAAUCCCGUAGCUUUGUUCCGCUCAGGCUGCUCGUCGAAAUUCUUGAUCAGUUCUUCCGCUGCUUUGACGGAGAGCGGCGAUCUUUCGGACGAAACUUGCACGGUCUCGGGCAGCCACCAAUCGACGCUGGACCGACUGUUCGCUUGGGAGAAAAAACUCUACGACGAAGUCAGGUCAGGAGCGCGAGCGCGAAUCGCGUAUGAGAAGAAAUGUACGCUGCUGAGGAACCAGGACGUGAAAAGAAAAGACGAUCCUUCGUCGGUCGAUAAAACCCGAGCCGCGAUACAAGAUCUGCGCAUCCAGAUCAAGGUAUCGAUACACUCGAUCGAAGCAAUCUCCGAAAGGAUCGAGGCAUUACGUGACAAAGAACUGCUGCCUCAGCUUCUCGAUCUCGUUCACGGGUUAACUCAGAUGUGGAAAGUGAUGGCAGAGUGUCACCAGAUACAGAAGCGAACCUUGGACGAAGCCAAGCUGUUAUUAGCGUGCACACCCUCUAAGCUUAACAAGAAGAGACAUUGUUCAUUACCUGACACAAACUCUAACAGGUUAGCUCGGUUGGCUCUGAACCUUGAAGCUCGGCUUAGAAACUGGAGAGACUGCUUCGAAACGUGGGUCACAUCUCAGAGAUCUUACGUGCUGGCUUUAGCCGGUUGGCUCCUCAGAUGUUUCAGAUGCGAUCCCGACCCUGAAAAGGUUAAUUUAACGUCUUUUCCUCACCCGUUAUAUGAGAUCUGCAUCCAAUGGUCAAGGUUGCUCAAUGGCUUGAACGAGAAACCUGUGCUCAACGGUCUGGAUUUCUUCGCAGCCGGAAUGGGUUCACUCUAUGUUCAGCACCUAAGGGAAGAAGAUCUGAACCAGCUCGGGUCAAGGGGGAUUAGACCCAGGUCGGAAGGCAUGGAGCUUGUAGAGGUUGAUAAAAUGGAAGAGGCGAUGACAGACGAGAAACUGGCUGAGAUCGCCGUUAGGGUACUCUGUGGUGGCAUGGCAGUUGCAGUGAGUUCACUCACUGAGUUUGCCGUUGGUUCGGCCAAGGAAUAUUCGAAACUCGCAAGCCAACCAGAGGACAGCGCGUUGGCUCACCAUUCCGACCAAAACGAGAUAUAAAUUUCUCUUCCCAUUUCUUCUAAUUAUUGAUUUAUUCUCGGGUUAAGGUUAAGAUUAGUUUAGGUUUGUUCUGUGAGCAGCAUAUUCUGCUUUGGGGUUUGGGUUAGGUUAGUAGGACCUAUAGGUUGUACCGAAAAGUCCUUCAGUUUUGGUCUUUAGUGUAAGGGACUUUGAUACAA